AUGCGAAUAGUAAAGAUGUCCAGCCCAAACCUUAGCCUUGUCACCUUACUCGGUAGCACUCUCAGUUACACCAGUGCCUUACUCUUUGUGGGUCAAGAACAUGGAAUCUCCAUGGAAACCAUCAUGCAGGUACGGAUCAGUCUGCUCUAUAUAGGGGUCACUCUGGUUUUCGGGCCCCUGUUGGGGAAAAGCUGGAGGCUGCACAGAGUUUUCACACACAGAGUCCCAGGCAAAAGAGUGAUUAUCACUGAUAUGGCCUUGCUGGGGCUGGUGGGUGCCAUCCUGUUUGCUGACAUGUUGCUGCUGCUUACGUGGGUGCUGACUGACCCCGUGCGCUGUGUACAGACCGCAAGCGCCAGCAUCAGGGCUUCAGAUCAGGAGACCUCAUGUGCAGUCACCAGGCUGAACUUCUGUGGGUCACUUCAUGCUGAUCUCUGGAUUGGGGUCCUAGUAGGGUUUAAGGCCCUCCUUCUAAUUUAUGGCAGUUACUUGGCGGGUCUGACCAAUCACAUCAGUUCACCACCUGUCAAUCAGUCGUUGGCCAUCUUGGUUGGUGCUUGCCUGGUCAUGGUGGGUACAGGCGCAGUAUUCCUGGUUACUCGCUUCUUUCACACCUGGCCUAGCUUGGUCUAUGGGAUGACAUCUGGAAGUAUCCUCAUCUGUACCACUACAAUCAACUGCCUGAUCUUCAUUCCCCAGCUUCUGCAGUGGCGGCAGUUUGAGGAAGAGCAAAGUCCCAAUGUCACCCAGAUGGCCAAGUACUUCAACAGCCCCAGCAAGAGCCUCCGCACCAUGUACAGCGAAGACGACAUCUAUCAUCUCCUGGGGGAAAACGCAUCCAUGAGACGGCUUCUAACUGAGAAAAAUGCAGUUAUAGAGAGUCUUCAGGAGCAGGUGAACAACGCUAAAGACAAGCUGGUAAAGCUGCUGAGAACUGAAUGCCGUACUGAGAAUUUGAAAACAGCCUUUGGACCUGACAAACCUACACCAAUAUGGGAUGGUCAGAAACAUGAGACCACAGGAAGUGAACAGAAUAAUGAACCAACCAAUGGGCAUCAUGAGCAGUCAACAAGUUACAAUAACACAGGGACCCAACAUGGCACAGUUGUGCAUCAACAGGAGUUGGCAGAUUCUGGAUCAGAUGUCUCUGGUCUUAAGCAAGCUCUGCAUAGAAUUGAAAGCUAUGACCAUGACUCUGAUGAAUCACAAGUUAUCCAGGAACCAACUGAAUGUUCUUCCUCGAAACAAAGUCACAAAAUGCCAUUUGACUCUAGAAGCGUGAGCUUUACUGAGAACCUCACAAAAGCUCAGCAGAAGUUAGGGGGCACACUUGAAACGUUGGAUGUCUCCAGACGGGUGAACUAUGUCAGCAGUGAGAAGCUCCAAGAGAUCCUCAAGGAGCUCAGCAUGGAGACUCUGCAAGGAUGUGGUCGUUUGUCUCCAAGGAAGCAGAUAGGUGCCAGCCACUGUGCACAGCAAGAGACUGUGUCCCUGUCCUCUGAGGGGUUUCGGAAAGUGUGCCUUAGCCUCUCCCCUUACAUGAUGAGGAGAAGGAGAGGGUCUGGUUAUGUACAAAGGAGACACCAUUCAUCAUCCCAGUUCUCUAGUGCGGUGGGUCCACCUACCUGGUGCAUCGUGAAUAAAGGAGGCAGGACUUUACAGAAUGGAGUACAAAAAAUGAUUGAUGAGAGACUAAUUAAAACAGUUGAAAGGAAAGUAGAUGAGGCAGGUUUUGAGGUCAAACAUAAUCUUGCAUCCUCGUUACCGAAUAACAUAGUGUUAAGUGUUCAGAUGCAGGACGACGAGGAAAAGUCAAGGGAGAAUUAUGGCCUCUGGGUAAAAAACAUUUAUCCAACAGACACACAAGAGAAUCCGGCUGCAUCAAUCCCUUAUAAUCACACAGCACACGACACCUAUGGGAUCAUGACAAUGAGUGACCUUCGUUCCCAAACUCCCUAUACAGAGACAGACUCAAGCAGCUCAGAUGAGGCCAUCUGCUGCUGUCACCGGCCCUAUUGUGAACUGUGUUACCAAAAUACUUGUUACUCUAGUGACAGUUACACAUCUGAAACUGAGUCAUGCAGUCAGCAGCAGGGACUGGCCCAGCUGAACAUGCACUCACAAGCGGUUGUAAACUUCAAUGAGGACCUUAAACCAACCUUUGUAUGA